AUGCCGGACAAGCGUCUUGUUCUGGGUUAUGUCAAGCAAAGUGAGAUUCAUAAUAGGAUUUUAGAGGAGGAACGUUGCUGGCGGGAGUAUAAGAAUCGUAAGCGUGAUAGAGCCAGACGCCACUAUCGAAACUCGUCGAAAUCUCCUUCAUCACUUCUGCAAUCUCGCAGUGACUCCGCGGAGCGUGAGUGGCGUCGUGAGCGCAAGCGUAAAUUGGAAGAGAAUUCGCAAAUCACUGCCUCUGCGGCUGCUCCUACAACCGCUUUGGAUUUCUGGCGUCAGGUCGUUCGUUGUAGUGGCGACAGCGAUGGUCGCUGGGGUCAUGAUGGGUUUAAGGAACUUGAGAAACCUGGUCCUCUUGUUCCUUUGUCGAUCGAAGUGAAUUUGCGAUCGCGAGCUAGUGUUUGUCCUCGAAAACCAUCCUUUAAUUCCAGAUCUUCUCCGCCUGUUAAAUCUUCUGUUCCUUCAUCGUCUUCGAGUUCAUCGUCUUAUGUCUCUGAACGAAAUCUAAAAAAGCGCAAGAAAGGGAGGAAGACGAAAAGUAAGAAAGAAAAGACAAAGGUGAAGCAAAAGAGGAAGAGGCGAAGGCGUGAGUACAACACCUCCUGCUCCUGUUCUUCAUCCCAAUCCAGCGAUGAUAGUGAUCAAGAUGUGGAGUGGGUUGAGAAGAAGACGUAA